AUGGACUCCGACGGUGAUGCUGUCUACUGCACGCUUCUCUUGAGUGAUCAUUACCUACCAGGUGCUAUGGUCCUGGCCCAUUCCUUGCGUGACAAUGGCACCAAGGCGAAGCUGGUGGCGCUUUUCACUCCGAAUACGCUACAGACAGCAACGGUCAACGAAUUAAGGACCGUCUACGAUGAGCUUGUCCCAGUGCACUCAAUAGCGAACAGCACGCCCGCCAACCUCUGGCUCAUGGAACGCCCCGACCUGAUCACGACAUUCACCAAGAUUGAGCUCUGGCGACUGACCCAGUAUCGCCGCAUUGUGUAUAUCGACUGCGAUGUCGUGGCCAUGCGAGCCCCCGACGAGCUUCUGUCUCUGGAAGCAGACUUUGCCGCUGCACCGGACGUCGGCUGGCCGGAUUGCUUCAAUAGUGGACUCAUGGUUCUCCGCCCCAACUUGCAGGACUACUAUGCCCUGAAGGCGCUCGCUGAUCGAGGCAUCAGCUUCGACGGCGCUGACCAAGGACUACUGAAUAUGCACUUCCGGAAUUGGUACCGGCUGAGCUUUACAUAUAACUGCACUCCGAGCGCUAAUUACCAGUAUAUCCCGGCCUACAAGCAUUUCCAGAGCACUAUCAGUCUGAUCCACUUCAUUGGCGCACAGAAGCCGUGGACCUUGCCAAGACAGGUGGUUCCGCUCGAGUCACCAUAUAAUCAGCUUCUGGCCCAUUGGUGGGGGAUCUACGACAAGCAUUACCGUCCGCUUUUUGUAACCGCGCACCAGCCUCACAAUCCCCUGUCCUAUUCAUCAGGUGGCCAUUCUUUGUCUGCUGCGGAGGUGGGGACAGGCACUGGACCAGCCCGGAGAAAUCGCCGCCCUACAAGCGGACUUGCUAUAUUUCAGGAUGUGUGGCCAGAGCCACGUCAGGUUCAUUCUCCAGAAGGAACUGUCCCCGCCAGCUCUCAUCAUGAAGAAGCCCCUGGACGUGAAGAAGCACCAUUGCUUGUCUCAACCCAGGGCGUGCCGAUAGAGUCACCUUCAGUUCCAGUUUUGAGUGUCGUCCCCCAGUACGUACGGGGAGAAGAGCAUGUCUCGACUUAUAUUCCUACAUUGCCACAUACAUCAGCGCCUACUGUUUCGCAUGAAACCCAAACAAGUCAUGAAGUACAUACCCAGCCAGCACAUACGCAUCAUAUACCCCAUGAACAUGGCACCCAGCAAACACAAUCAACGACGUCUGUGCCGCCAGUGGAUGAGCCGCAUCAACGACCUCCAUCUCCGACACCAGCAUCCCCGAUAUUUGAAGCCCCCAAGACAGAAUGGGAUGCAUCGCGGGAGCCUCCGCCAUUGAAUUCCAAGCCUGAAGGGAUCAGCUUACAAGAGAAGACAUACACCAUGUCGAGAGAUACCGAGCUCUUUCAGCCUCCUCCAUCGUACCCAGAAGCACCGAGAAAUAUGUACUACCAAGUGCCCGUGACUAGGCCCGAACCACGAAAGCUCGCACAGCUGUUCCCCUGGGAGAGCCGUGCACCAAAACCGACCCGUGUUUUUGCGGAGGAGUUGCCACGCCCUGAAGUUUCAUAUCCAGACCCAACCCCUGAACUAGUCACUGGCACAGCGAAAUCUGCUAUGGAUCCGUCACUAUCCCCUCAAUCUGCUAUGCAAGCGUCCGAAAGCUGGGACUCAUACUCUCGCUCUAACGCGUGGGACGAGGACCCGGAUAUUCAGCGGUACAUGCACUCAAUGCAAGAAGCGCGCUGCGGCCGACCACAAGUAAUAUCAGGCUCUGGAUCUAGUCCCCCCACAGGCUCAGCAACAGACCACAUCCCCGUCCCAGCAUCCAGCAGACCCAGCAUCAAGCUCACCGACUUCCCCACUGAAGUCGAACGCCCCAGCCUACCCGUAACACCGGCGCCGAUCCACCGCUCCUUUUUCGGCGAAGCAGAUGAGGAUGACGAGGACUCCGCCACGGCCCUGCCGAAUGCGGAGGGCGUCCCUAGCCAGGAGGACUGGAAUCCCCUCGUCCGGCUCGAGGAGCUGCGCCGCCGGCAGUCCGAGGUCUUUGGUAAUCAGGAGCACUUGAUUAGUCGGCUUGUUGCUGGGGGAAGUCGUGCGGAUCAGGAAGGUGCUGGUUCGGGGGAUGGGAGGAGGAGGAGCGAGGCCGAUGAUGGGAGUGGGUAG